CUCUUCAUCCACACAUACAUACCUCUCCCCUAGCUUGAAGCACCGAGUGAAAAAUAAAUAAAUAAAUUAAAGUAUUUAAUAAAAAAUAAGAGAGGAAGAAAGAAGAAAAGAAACAGAAGCUACUUCAGUUUUUUCCUAACAUGGAAAAUUGGCUCUCUCAUUUGGAAAUAAGUGGUGGUGGGAGUGGCUCAAGCAGUGUAUCAUUUGAAGAGAUUUUAAGCUUCAAUGGUGGUGAUCAUAGCUCCAAUAAUAAGGAUAAUAAUAUUAUUAUUAUUGGUGAUGAGGCUAAUAAACAAGAGAAGAAGAACUCCAAAAGGGGUAGUUUAGGGAAUAACAAUAAUAAUAAGAGAACAACAAAGAAGGCAAGAAAUUCAAUAGAGGCAUUGGAUCAUAUAAUGUCUGAGAGGAAAAGGAGACAACAAAUGGCUGAGAAGUUCAUAGCACUUGCAGCUGCUAUUCCUGGCUUGAAGAAGAUAGACAAGGCAUCUAUACUUCAAGAAGCAAUAAAUUAUGUGAAAGAACUUCAAGAACGCAUAGCACUGCUUGAGAAAGAGAGCAACAACAAAGAACAAUUGAUUGUGAAAAAAUCACAAUUUUGUUGUUCUUCUCUGCCGUGUGACAAAAACAAUAAUGACAACAACAUUGGUGGUAAUGAAAUGGUGCUACCAGAAGUGGAAGCUAGAUUGUUAGAAAAGGAAGUACUAAUUAGAAUCCAUUGUGAGAAACGAAAUGGAAUCAUGUUGGAGCUCUUGGCAUUUUUGGAAAAUAAUAAUCUCUCUCUGGCUUGUAGCAGCUUCUUGCCAUUUGGAAACU